AGAGCUGGACUCUCAGCUGGUCCGGCCUUCAACCUGUCGCUGGGGGCAGAUGGUGUCUCUCUCUCUCUCUCUCAGACUCAGGCUGCUGAGCACGUGAGCACAGAUGAGGGACUCGGACUCGGACUCGGAGUCUCACCCACAGAUCACAGACUCCUGGAAAACUCCUGACAGCUCACUGGGUUUACUGGAACUAUCACUGAAGACACAUUUCUUCCUCUGAUAACGGCGGCUGUGUGGAGAUGCCUCUCUCCAGGUGCAAAGCAGGAAAUUCUUUUGCACACGUUCUUGGUUCAGGAGUUUCCUCUCAGCCUGGAUGCAACAUGCAGGACUCUGCAGUUUCCCAGUGAACGAAGCAGAUUCACAUCCAGAGCAGAAGAGAUAAUCCUCCAAGAUGGCCGCCCAUUCAGACUAUGUUGUUGAGGAGCCAGGAGCUGGUUUAGCUGAAGUGGACAUGUGCACGCUGGAGAUUAGUAUGAAGUAUGAAGUCAUCUCGUCCAUUGUCUGCUCUGUUUGCCUUUCAUUCGGCCUCAUCUACUGCUUCUUCGGAUACCGCUGCUUCAAGAUGGUCAUGUUCCUCUCUGGCUUCAUGUUCGGCACAACAUCCGUUCUCCUGCUGUACCACACGGAGCCUGUGUUGGACCUCAAGCUGGGCACAGAGACCAAGGCGGGCAUAGGCCUGGGCGUGGGGGUGCUCUUCGGCCUGAUGACGAUGCUGCUGUCAGCAGUGGGACUCCUCUUCAGCGGCCUGCAGCUCGGGACCCUGCUCUCCCUCGUCGCCCUGGUGGCUAUCGGACAGUUCUACAGCCUUAGUCCCGUGUGGGUGCCUCUCAGUACCAUACUGGUCGUCAGCAUCAUCACCGCCGUUUGCACACUCCUGUGGCAGAAACUCUUCAGCAUCGUCUACACGUCUGUGUUUGGAGCGACCACUGUGAUGCUGUGUGUGGAUUACCUGGUGGGGGCGUUCAUGCUGCCUGAUCAGGUGUAUGAUGUGCUCUGUCAAGUCACCCCAACACCACUGUGCUGGUAUAAUGGGACCAUCAUGGGGAUCUGUCCCGUAUUCAGUCUUUUAGGUCUGUUAGUGCAGUGGAGGUUUACGGCGAAAGGACUAUCUCACACAGAAGGUGCACACAAAAGACAGAAGAACCAUGCCAAGAAGCUCAGGUACAGAGAGUGCAGGGGAAGACCUCGACCACACCGGCGGCGCAGGCCUCCCCCCCUGAAACGUUACGCCGGAGACGUCCUGGCACCGAGUUAUCUCCAGAGCCUUCAGGAGCGGCAGCUGGAAACAGGCUCGUCCAGCAGCAGCGUCAGCACCGUCACACAUGCCCUCAUUGACUUUGACUUUGAGACGGGCUCCAUGGUGCCUCUGACUUCCUCCUCCCCUGUUUUUACCUUCUGAAACAAACAUCACUUAUUUGUAAACUACUCACAUCUGAGGAAUCCAUCGUGCUACGGCUGAAUCUCUGAACUGCUGAAAAUAAUAUGAAUAAUAUGAAAAAUCCUCAGGUUUAAAAGACAUAAAGUAGAAGCAUUUCGAUCUCUCUGUUUGUUUUACAGUUUCUCCUCCAGCCUGAACAUCAGUGUUACUGUAGUCAGAGAAAGUCGGAGCGUUGUAAAAGAUUUGUCAGUGGAUAACAACAUCCAUCUUAUUGAAUCAAACAACACAAAGUCUUAAAUUGUCUUUAUUCAUUUCAUGUCUGUUAAUAGAUACUUUUCACAUAUUCAUGUCUUAUUGCCACGGAAAAACACAACAUCACAUUAUGCAAAUAUUUAUUCUUUUGUCGAAGUUCAUGACAUGAAUUCCUGAAUUGUCCUUAAAUUAAUAACAAUUAUCGUAAUAACUCUCUCAUUCCUCACACAAGAGAUUCUCACAGUGUGAGGAACAUUUCCAAAGCGUUUGUCAGCCUCAGAAUAAAGAAGCUUCUUCCACUGUU